AGAGCAAAAGGCACACAUUUUUUCUGGAGUGGAGACGGAUAUAUACACUAAAAAGGCUCAGCCGCAGACACCCAUCAGAUUUGGUCCUUGAUCUUCAAAAAAUGAAAAAAUCGUAGGGGCCUUCUUCAUCAUCUUCAAAAUCGAACUCCCUUCUCCAACCUCUGCUCACCAGACCCAUCGCCCGACCUAGCGAGAACCAGCUUCAACCAGUAGCGAUUCAGCCCAACUCGCCGGAGAAACAGCCAUCCCCGCUGCCGUACCUCCGACGAACCACCACUGUUCAUCCCUUUUCUGUCUGAUGUCUUAACUAUGUUCCCUCAUUCACAGAUCCGAAGGAAAAUAAUAAACAAAAAUUUUUAAUUCGUCUUAGUUUCAAUUUGACCCUAAAUUCGGAAAAUACUCAAAAAUUCAAGUUUCCACUGACUUUGGGUUCCAAACAUGGAGAUUAGUUGAGGAUUGUUGGUUUCCGUUCGAGGUUCCGUUUCCGUCGAGUUCUUGUCCGUGAUGUUUCCUGGUCUAAGACAUGCUCACAUUCAAAGAAAUUGUUGAAGGAGUUGAAUCCUCGAGAUGAGUCUGACGGCAGAUUCUCCAGUGCACUCAUCAAGCAGCGAUGAUUUUGCAGCAUUUCUCGAUGCAGAGUUGGACUCUGCUUCUGAUGUAUCACCUGACCAACACGAAGUAGAUAAUGAAGAAGCAGAGGGAGAGGAAGAGGUGGAAGAUGAGGAAGGGCAAGAUGAAGAUGGUGGCGAUGGUGAUGAUCUUGAUGAUGGCACCUCAGAUUCUAGCAGGAUAAAGAAGCGCAAAGCAGAGGUUUUGGAAGAUGCAGUGUAUCCACAGAGUUCAGCAUCUCGUGGAGAACCAGCAGAAACUUCAGGAGCAUCUUUGGCUCUGGAUAUAUGCUCACAUCCUGGUGUCAUGGGAGGGAUGUGUAUAAGGUGUGGGCAGAAGGUGGAAAACGAAUCGGGUGUGGCUUUUGGAUACAUACACAAGAAUUUGAGGCUUGCAGAUGAUGAAAUUGCUCGAUUGCGUGACAAGGACCUGAAGAACUUAUUACGUCAUAAAAAGCUGUACUUGGUUCUUGAUUUAGACCACACACUUCUGAACUCAACUAGACUUGCAGAUAUUUCAGCAGAAGAAUUAUACUUGAAGGACCAACGAGAAGUUCUGCCUGAUGCUUUGAGAAGCAACCUUUUCAAAUUGGAUUGGAUACACAUGAUGACAAAGUUGAGGCCAUUUGUCCACACCUUCCUGAAAGAAGCCAGUAGUUUAUUCGAGAUGUACAUUUACACAAUGGGUGAACGUCCUUAUGCAUUGGAAAUGGCAGACUUACUUGACCCUGGAGGUAUCUACUUCCAUUCUAGAGUGAUUGCUCAAGGAGACUGCACCCAGAGGCAUCAAAAGGGCCUUGAUGUUGUUGUGGGUCAAGAAAGUGCUGUCCUGAUCCUUGAUGAUACUGAAGCGGUAUGGGGAAAGCACAAGGAGAACCUGAUACUGAUGGAGCGUUAUCAUUUCUUUACCUCAAGUUGUCGACAAUUUGGUUUAAAAUGUAAAUCACUUUCUGAAACGAAAAGUGAUGAAAAUGAAGCUGAGGGAGCGCUUGCCUCUGUUUUAAAAGUACUGCAACAGAUCCACAGCCUGUUCUUCGACCCGGAACGCAGGGACAAUAUUAUGGAGCGAGAUGUUAGGCAGGUGCUGAAACAAGUUCGGAAGGAAAUAUUGAAGGGUUGUAAAAUCGUCUUCACCCGGGUAUUUCCUACACAAUUCCAAGCAGAAAAUCACCACUUGUGGAAAUUGGCUGAGCAAUUAGGAGCCACAUGCUCCACAGAAGUCGAUCAAUCGGUGACACAUGUGGUCUCCAUGGAUGCUGGAACUGACAAAUCGCGUUGGGCGGUGAAGGAGAAGAAAUUUUUGGUCCAUCCAAGAUGGAUUGAAGCUGCUAAUUAUUUAUGGCGAAAGCCGCCUGAAGAAAACUUCCCAGUCAGUUCAUAACAAUUUGCUAACCUUAGUUUUGAAUAGGGAAUAUAGUGAUUGUAAAUUGUAGUAGAAAUUUUUCAGGUUUAUUUCACUACCAAAAUCAUCUGAGUAUGACAAAAAAUAGUUCACAGGGGAAUCAAACCAAAAUCGGAACAGGUAUUUUUGGCACUUCCAUUCAGUUUCUCUAUUGAGUAAAUUGUUGUUUUGGUACUUUGAAUA